AUGGCUUCCAAUUUCAAAGAUAAGCAUAUCCUCCUCUCGGGUUCUACCGGGGCUGGAACACUAUCUCUGCACAAUUCGCUCGCAGAAAAUCACGGUAAUAAAAUAGCCCUGGUCACCCUGGACAGGCCGAUACCCGAUGGAAACUCAGUCCAUCAGAUUGAUUCAGCGAUUGGUGCCUUGCAUGGCACAGUCGAUCACUUUAUUAUCGACACCAGGAGUCAAGCUCAAGCUACCAAAGAUCCAAUUUGGGAAGUACCUUUGUCCCAAUGGGAUCAAGACGAUGCACUGUACAUUGCCCGACAAAGCUUGCUCAGUCAAGUGAAAUCAUUCCUUCAAUACCAGAUUCAAAAUGCACUCAAGACACAUAGUCACACUCUGGCCAAUCCAUUCACAAUUCAGAUUAUUGGAUACGAGAGCAACUUCGGUAAACCAGUGAUUUCGAUCAUUUCCAAGCUGAAACACGACCUCUUGCGGCUUCACCAGGAAGCGUCUGUCAAUUUCAUUGAUCUUCAACCAGAGCCUAGCGAGCCCUCUGCGUCUAGAAUUGUUGAGCUUUUAUGCGGAAUACCCCCUCGUCAAAGGUCCGAUCUAGUCCUGGCAACUCGCUUGCCUCCGAACAUCAGCGCACCGAAACCUAGAGUUAAAAUUGCUCUUUCGUUUGAUUUCGACGCGCUGUCUGCAUUUAUCGGCACAGGACAUCACCCAGAUAAUAACCUCGCAGACUAUAGCACUGGAACCUUCUCCGGCCGAGUGGGUGGUCGCCGAUUGCUGCACAUGCUGAAGAAGCACCAGGUAGCCGAUAAGGUCACUUGGUUCAUUCCAGGUCAUACCAUCGAGACCUUUGAGUCAAUUGUGAAAGAGAUCGUUGCCUCGGGCGCUGAAAUCGGCCUUCACGGCUAUGCCCACGAGGGCGCCUACCAGAUGACGCCAGCCCAAGAGCGCGAUGUUUUGGUCAAAUGCAUGGAUGUGGCCCAGCGCUUGACCGGCAAACGGGUGCGAGGAUACCGCGCACCCAUGUACCAGCUGCGUGAGACCACGAUCGAUCUUCUCAGAGAGUUUGAGUUCUUGUAUGAUUCCUCCCUGAGUCAUCACGAUUCCCAGCCUUACUUCACGCCGAGCGAGCCUCCAUUCCAACGCAUUGAUUACUCCCGACCUGCUAGCACCUGGAUGGAGCCAGCAAAGAUUGCCGAAAUGAAUGCGCGGCCUACUGGUCAUCCGCUUGUUGAGAUUCCUACUGGGUGGCACAAUGAGGAUAUGAUGGCAAUGCAAUAUUUCCCCCAUGUUGCGAAUAGCCAGGGCUUCGUUGACGUGCGCGUCGUUGAGCAGCGGUGGAAAGAUAUCUUCAUGUAUCUGUGGGAGAACUCCACUGUCGAUAAAGAGGACGGGUCUUUCAUUUUCCCCCUGUUGAUGCACCCCGACACCAGCGGUAUGGCCCAUGUCAUGGGUAUGGUUGAUCGCUUUGUCGGCUGGCUUCGGGGCUGGGGCGAUUCUGUCGAGUUCCACACCUUUUCCAGUAUCGCAAAAGGCUACCUGGAAGAACGAAAGAAGGUUCAGCGCGAGACUUGA